AGGCAUGCUCGCGAUCAGGAGUUGAAUGAGGAACAAAAAGACGCAAUUGUCAUGCAGAAUGUGAUGAACAUACUCGGUCAGCAGCACAACUGGAAUCGGGUAAGUGUCGUUAGCAACCCGCACAGACGUGCCUUUCCCUGUAGUUCAAGUUGCAUCCUGCCGUUGCCGCCUUUUCGGGAGUUAUUUUUCCUUAAAAUAUAGAGCUGGUUCAAGAGCUCCAAAUAGUUUGUUUACUUGACAAAACCAAAAAGUAGUUGGUUAGUGUUUUACACCAUUCAGUCACCCUGUUUGGCACUGAUCAGUCACAUUUUGUCAUUAGAUGGCAUUCAGACUAAAUUGUAGUAAGCACUGCAGCUAGUUCUCCAAAGCCUGUGACUUUUGUGGGCUGAAUGCAUUGUUUGGCUGAAGAGACCACCACCACCACCACCACCACCACCACCACCACCACCACCACCAGUGUUCGCUCUGGCAUUUGCACAGCAUCCAACAAAUAUUAAUUUCCCCUAGGACAAUUUGCAGUCUCGUACGGGUGGUAUUAUCACAGGAGGCUCAAGCGCCGCGAACACCUUCAGCUCUACGGGAUCCGAAAUCUCUUUCGCCUGCAGCAUGUCAAACACGGCCGGGGGGCACACCCUGCCGGGGUCUUUUUUGCCUAGCGGGACAUCUCCGCUUCCAGCCAUCUCAAGCGGCGCCCGGAAGUCUAAAUCACCUAAGUCCCCCUGUCGGGCUGGAGUCGCUGGCGCCAGUGCUGGCGGGACACACAAAGCCUCAACCAGGGGGUCCUCAACUUUCAAGGCAUCCAGGACUACUUCCACUGCCGCAACGCGUUUGGCACCAACAGUGGGCGAACUGAAUCAAUCACAAAGACAGCAACUUCACUUACCGCUCACUCCCACCACCCUCCCUCUGGCUUCCAUCCCGGUGGAUGCCCUACCAACGGGCGCAACCGCAACUGUUGGUGGGCAGUCUCAACAAUUUGCAGUUGUCGGAGGCACCGCCCAGCUCUUCCACACCCACCCACAGCAACACGCUGUAUUUGUUGCCUCCGGUGCUGUGCAUCCGGGUCUUAAUCGCGGUGCGACACAAAAUGCAAGGAUGGCCAUGGCUCCGUCUAUCGCAGCGGCGGGGGUUGUAGCCGGACAACAGCAGUCGGCACAACAAACACAGCAACAGCAGCCGACCCAUCAACAGUCGACCCAACAAGCCUAUCUAUUGCAACAUCAGUAUCCGCAGACCGCCAUGCAGGAACAGUAUCAGCAAGUUCAACAGCAGCAUCAGACUGUGAUUACAGCUCAAGGUUAG